AUGCCACCUCCUAUAGUAGUACCUACUGCUAUUGAUCCCCAGCCUCUUGUCUCUGUUCCACCUACUAGAACUUCCUUUACUACCGUCAGCCCUCCAGUAAAUACAACACCCUUUUAUGGCAUGGUGACCUACUCUAAAACUGGAAAGUUGAAGCCCUGUACCUUCCCUACCAAAGCUUGUACUUUACAACUGUCAAUAUUCGAUCAAGCUCAAACUGAUCCUAACUGGCCAGUAGCCAUAGCUGUUGAAUUUAGAGCACUCAUUGACAAUG